AAAAUGGUGAAAGUUUCUCUGCUGUUGCCGCUGCUUGGCUGUAUGCUUUUGGGCAGCACCUGGGCGCACCAGGAGCUGAGUAAUCUGCUGAAGCAGCAACAAAAAGAUUUGGGCUUGUCCGCAGCAGAAGUAGAAGCCUUGCGUCCAUUUUAUCGUGAGCUCCAAGCACAACAUGACUACUUGUACAUCCUGAGCAUGCAGAGUGGGGAUGGGAGUUCCCAGCUUGCCCAGCCUACGGGUGCGCCAUUGGAGAGUAGCUAUGCGCAGGUGUUUGAAGAAUUUCGAGCUCAAUUUGAUGGCUACUUAAGGUAUAGGCCCAACAUUGAGUAUGACACAACACUGCCGACUUUGGAUCAAGUGCUGGGGCAGCCCAGUGGUGAUAUGACAGAUCAGGAGCUGCAGGAGUUGCAGGAUCUGUUGGACAUUCUACAGGAUGUGAUCGACGAAUCGCAGGUGGGCAUUAACCAACUGGUGGCACGCGCUAUGGACAUGGAAGCCAAUUUGUUGAAGCUGAACAAACCGAAAAUUGUAAUGGCUGCCAUUGGGGGCCUGGAGGUUAUGUGGCAUUCGUGGGGACGUGCCUCUCAAGCCGCCUACUGCAGCUACUCGCAUGUACCACAGUUUACGGAGGCAAUACACGCCAUCAAUGGCGGCGUUGAUUGCUACACCUACACGAUGGAUUUAAUCCUUCAAAUCCAGAACGAAACAGUGGCGUCAGUCAAGGAGAUUAAACAAAAUGUGCAGCGGCUUGUGCAGAUCUAUAAAAAGAUUGCCGCCAAGAAAACUAUAAUGGGCAAGAUUCUCUCCGGGACGCUGAAUGUGCUGAGUGCACUGCGUCGCGUGCACGAUAUCAUCGCCGUGGGCAUCGCUGGCUAUGACAAGAUCAGCAAUCAAUUGCCAAGCGCUGCAUUGCAAUCGGUUCAUUGCGGAUCAGAUUUUGUGAACAGUAUUCCACAGAUGGUUGAAACGGCACAGAAUCUGACAGUCUGCAUUACUUUUGAGGACACCAAUAAGCCAGACUAUGAUUUCCUCAAGCCGGAGGACGAACGCUAUUGGAACACAGGCGAACCCCCUGUAGAUAUACCUCACGAGAACGACGUCGAGGAGGACGACGAUGAUACUGACAAUAUUGAGGAUGAUUACGUAGACCAUCGAUAGAUCAUUUGAUAUUGCUCGAAGAGCUCACAAUUGCU